CCCCUGGCGAUCGAACGCCAGAUAUUGGCGUCGAAAAAAAAAAACCUUCCGGCCGAUGGAUCUCCUCUCCGCCGCGUACGGCGCCACCUCCGACGACGACGCCGACGCCGCCCCGGCUCCCAGCUGGCCCGCCACGGCCCUCCCCUCGGCCGCCCCGCCUCCCCCGAAGCGGCCGCGGUGGGAGUCUCCCCCGUACCCUGGGUACCCACCACCUCCUCCCCUCCCCGCCUCGCGACCGGCCCCACCCCAAGCCGCGCCGCCGCCGCUGGCUGGCAGAAGGUACGUCUCCAAGAGGGAACGCGCCCUCCUGGCGGCAUCCCAGCCUCCCGUGGGCUCCGCGGCACCGCUUCCUCCGCCGGAGUUCGACUCCCCAGUUGUUCGAUCUUUUGCUGAUUCAAAUGUUCGAGCUGAUAUUUUGCAUUAUUUACGGUGCCAACCAAAGCCUGGAUCCAACAACAGUUCACCUUUCAAGCUCUCAGUGUCUUUGAUGGGUCACACUAAAGCAGUCAAUUGUGUGGAUUGGUCACCGAGCCAUGGACAUCUUCUUGCUUCUGCUGGAAUGGAUCAUACAGUCCGCGUAUGGAACGUUUGGAACAGAGGGGAUACUACUGCUCGAGUUUUAAAACAUCAUACUGCUGCUGUAAAGGAUGUGAAGUGGUCCCAUCAUCGGCCCUUCUUACUUUCUGGCGGGUUUGAUUGUUCCUCACGACUAGUUGACGCUGAGGAGGGAAAAGAAAUCAGGGUAUUCAAGGAGGAUCAACCAGUGGAGGUCGUCAAGUUCAAUCCAAGCAACUCAAAUCUCUUCCUGUCUGGUGGGUCCAAGGGUUCUCUUAGACUCUGGGAUAUUCGAACUGGCUUAGCAACUAAAGAGUUCAACAGAAGUCUUGGCACCAUCCUUGAUCUUGAAUUCAGUGCUGAUGGGAAGCAGUUUAUCUCUUCAACUGACACAACCAGAAGCAAUGUUAGUGAGAACACUAUAAUAGUAUGGGAUACAUUACGAGAAGUUCCUCUAUCUAACCAGGUUUAUACAGAAGCAUUCACCUGUCCCUGUGUGAGAUACCACCCAUACGAAGCUUCUUUUGUCGCGCAAUCCAACGGCAACUACAUUGCGAUUUUCUCAGCAAGGCCGCCAUUCAAGCUAAACAGGUAUAGGCGGUUUGAAGGACAUGGAGUGUGGGGCUUCCCGAUAAAGUGCAGUUUUUCCUUGAGCGGGAGGGAACUUGCGUCCGGUUCAUCCGAUGGCUGCAUCUAUUUCUAUGACUAUAAAUCCUCGAGGUUUCUGAGGAAGAUUGAAGCCUUCAAAGAAGCGUGCACUUGUGUUGCAUACCACCCUGUACUCCCUAAUGUGAUCGCUGCAUGUGGCUGGACUGGUGAAAUAUCUGUUUUCGAAUGAAGAGCACUGAUCCUUGCAGUGUUCUCCUGGAUUUCUAACUGCAGAUUCAGGUUGACCUAUCACUACAAGCUUGGCCUGCCUUGUGUUUGGGCAAUCUCGGUCAUCAUUAUUUGCAGUGGGAGUUGGGAGUUGGCUACUGAAUCAGCAGAAUAUGUUUGAAGGUGCAGGUGGUGCGGCUUACAUUUUGUAUCCACGGAAGCUUUGUUGAUGGAGUAGGAUGAUUGAAUCGAAGGAGGUGCAGCGGCGGUCUGGCAAUUGCUGCAAGGUGCCUCUGUCCCCAUAUUGUGCUCCUUGAUGCUGGGAUUUUCGAGCCGCGCCAUGCCAAAUAUCCCCUCUGCAGGUAGCGUGUUCUUGGAUUUGUUCUCUUGUGUCUUUGUGCUAAAUCAAUCGAUCAGUUGGACAUGAGUAAACAGUUGCCACCAACAACUCAUGAGCUGAAGAAAACACAAUCAUUGACAAAACAUCGCCGGGGACUGCAAUUGACUGAUUAAAUAGUUUCACAAACUCGAUUUCCUCAUCAGAAACUUGGACAUAGCAGUCAAGGAGAUGCGGAGGGUGAAUUAUAACUGUAGCAUGGAGGUCCCUCAUGGACAGACAGACCAUCUUAUUGAAUUAAUUAAAGAAAGAAAAUUACAUUGGGUAAAA